AUGAGUAAUAUUGUCCGGAUUCAGCCUAUGCAAUAUAUUCAUCUUCUAGAUCUGGUAGGUACAUCGUAGUUAUGCAUUUGGAUUAUUUGCUCACUGACUCGCUCCUAACUGUUCUUCUAUGGGGAGGAAUUCUUCAAGGAGUUUGUAAGUUCUAAAAUGUUCAGCUGCUAAUCGUCGAUGAUUCCAAAUGGUUUUUAUCUAAGUAGUGACAUUUUAAUUCUGUCAAUCUCUCCGUUUUGCCAGUUGAUGCAGCUAUUAAGGGCAAAAGAGCACAAUAUUUCGACAAAAAUCGAAAUGUAUGUUCUGAAAUUUUGAAAAGUUUCAAUUUCGCUUAAUUUUACGUAGCUUAUCAGUUUAAGUUACCAAUUCCACUUUUCCAUGGGGAUUUGAACGUUAAAUGCUCCUAGAUAUUGAAUGCAUUAGCUCUACCAAAUAUCUUCUGAACUAAGUAUAUUUUUCUUCGUAUUGUUUUUAAAAUGUUCUUCAUGUUCUUUCUUCUCACCUGGGAAAGUGAAACAGUUUUCGUGACGUCAAUAGUGUUGGACGUCACACCUGGGGGUGUAACCCUGCUGAAGUUGAUAACAACAAGUGAACCGAGAAUGAAAUCAAACUAAGACAGAUAUGAAAGUAACUAGUUACAUAGUCAGUUGGCUUUCUUCAUCCUAUGAGUCCUUUUGCUAUUUUUAGAACACUAAUGUGACUGUACUAGAAGUGGGUCCAAAGAGUUUGAUUCUACAGGAUAAUCACCAAUUAGUGGCCGGUCCUUUGCCAUUUGUUGUCAUUCCACCAGGUCAUUACUGUGUCAUACAAAACCCAGUCAAGUGAGUCCUAAAAAAAAUAUUUUUGUGUUAUUUCUACAGUUAUCUCCCUGAAUAUUUGUGAUCUCAAACCAUAACUGCAUUUUCUCUUGCACAUUUUAGACAGCCUUGUGAACCAGGAAAACAGUGUGACUUGAACCAUGGGCACAGAGAAAUGAGAUUUUUCAAGGUUUAAAUAGUUUCUGUUACAAAUGAUGAUUCUUCAUAUUUUUCUUUAUGAUUUAAUGCAUUUGGGUAUCAAAGAAGCCUGUAAUUUUACUUUGUGGUUUUUAUCGUUUAGGAACCAUUCCCUCUUUAUCCUGGUGAAGCCAUUGAAGGAGCAAGACAAAUGUCUGGUAGGUGUCCAGUUUGUUGAUUUAGAUUCAUAUUAAUGUGUAUGUUAAAUUACAUUAUGGACAGUACUUUGUGAUAUCUUUGGAGUACAAUUGUACAGAGGUGCUAGGACAGGUGAUUCCUCUGAGGCAAACAAUCCUUGAUUAAAAAUGAGUUACCUUUUCUAAUUUGAUUGCACAGGUGGUAAGUCUGGAAUCAAGGCUCUCCCAGUUAUUGGACCCAAUGAAGGUCUUCAUUUAAAAGCCAUUGUAGAUCAUAUAGAUGGUGAAGAGGAGCGCAAGGCAGGAGAUAUGUGGCAGCUGGAGGGACCUCUGACUUACAGACCAACACCAUAUGCAGUACGUUAAUAUUAAAUGAAACAACUUAUUUCUAAGGAAUUUAUUUUAACCUUUAUCUAUGAAAACAGCUUUGUUAUGGGUGACUUUCCUUCAGUCUAUUUAACGUCAGAAACGGCUGUAAUUUCCUGCAGAAAAUUGAAAAAAGAGUAAGACCUUGUAUCAUCAAACAUGGAGAAGCCUUGCGGCUGAAGGCCAGUCAGGGAUUAGUGGAUAAGACAGGAAAGUGAGUUAAAUGAAUUAAUUCAGAAUAAAAAAAAGCAAACCUUGGUUACUAUUUUUAUAUAGUUAGUAACUCUAGAACUCAGGUAAACAUAAACAAGAGAAAUUUUCUCAAGGAAAAACCAAUUUGGUAUCAAGAAACUGAACUGGAACAGCUAUGGUAGUAAGUUGUGGUUUUGAGACUUGCUUGCUUGUACUUAAAUGCAUUAUGAUUGUCAGUACAGAAUUGACCUGUGAGAAUUUAAUCAAAUUGUUCAUUGGUUUUUAGUUUGAUGGAAGGAAUAAAAUUUACCUUAGUAUUAAAAACUAUUCACCAAAGUGGAGGUGUAUUUUUACCAGGCUGCUAAGCAUCAAGAUAAAUAUCCACUGUUAGCCACUAAUGUUUAUUGUUGUUUUGAUGUAUACUGAAACAUUGAGAUAAUAAAGCACAACUAGAUGAUUUUACCUGAUUUAUUCCUGCAAUGGUUACAAAAUUUUCAGAUGCAAAUCUCGUGCAAGUUGCUUUAAGGUGGAUGACAAAGGAUAUUUGCAGUUUGAGUCCCCAAUCAGAGCAUGCCUUCAAUGCUAUCCAUUGUUUUACUGCAUGUAUACCAAAAUCACAUAUAUUAUCCAUUUACUUACCAAAAGUAAUUUUAUUUGCUGUAUAUUAGUCAAGUUUUAUAUGAUAAUAGCAAUUCCUUCUAUGAUGUAAUAAUUUGAUCAUUCUUGGAUAUGAGUUUUAACUUCAUUUAACUUCAUUUCCUUUGUAGGAAUCGUGUUACAUCUGAGCAAUGGUUAAUAAGAGAUCUUGGAGCUUAUUUGCCUGGGGCCUAUGAGGAGGUAAGUAGCCAACAAACCUUUGUCUAGCAAGAGUAACUGGACACCAGAUUAGGACCAUAACUAUGAUGCAAUUUGUGCAUCAUCAUCAUUUUUGAUAGAUACUCUAACUAAUUGGCAUAGGUAAUCUAAAAAAAAUAAUAUUUAUAUUACUGCCCCUGUUAGCCUGCACACCAGAAAAAUAUUUCCUUUGUCAUUUAGUGACCAAUGUUUAAACCAUGUAGAAAGUCAGUAAACACAAAGUGAGAUACAUAACCUCCCACAAGUUUUCCAAACCUUUUUGUAAACCUUUUUGCAAUCUUAACAGGUGAGUGUUAAGUGUGUCUUUACUGUAUUUCCACAACCAAUUUGAAGGCAGUUUUUUCUGAAAAAAGUCCAUCACUAUAUUGUGUUGCUAAGGGCAAUCCAUAUGAAACAAGUGAGACUUAAUAUUUUGUAGUAAACAAAUUUUUUUCUCCUAUGCAAGCAAUAGUGAGCACACUAAAACAUGGAGGGUAGGGAUAUUGGGGGCUCUUUGCCCCCAAAACUUCAUUAAAUGGGCUGAUGUAGCCCUCCUUUCCUCUCCUGCCCUGCUGCCAUCAUUUAAGUUUCUGUCAGUGAUGACUUAUUCCAUUCUUCUUCAGGUGGUGGGUGUAGAGAAAGCUCACACUCUGACAGAGACAAUAGCCUUGCACAUGAGAGCAAAACAGACAUGCAUUGAUGCACUUGGGAAGAAGAGGUUGGGAAUUAUAUUUUAUCAGACAAGUGUAAAAUUAAGGUGAUGUGUUGAAUAGCUGUAAAGAUAUCAGACUUGGUUUCACUCAAUGAAUUAUGGCUCAGUUUAAUAACUGUUAGUAGUCAUUCUAGCUGUAAUAAUCAUUUAGUUGCUUUUUGCAAAAGUGCAAGUUUGCAUUGAUCUUUAGAUUAUUAAUCAGACUGUCUAAAAACCAAAUGUGAGAAAUAUGUUUGUUAGAAAUGCAGGAGAGGAGUGGCUUGUCACCUCUGAGGAUACAGAGAUGUAUAUACCUGAAGUGUUUGAGGUAAAGUAGACAACUGAGUAGUAUGAGAGCUAUGUUAUAAUUGUUAAUUCUUCUUUAUCAAAACUGAAGACCAAUUAAGUACAACAGCACAUUCAAGGAAACUCCUUUAAUGUGUUGUUUGAAAUUAACAGGAAGUUGUUGCUGAAGUGACUCAGACAGUUUUGUCUCGUAAAGAAUACUGUAUUGUUAUGGACCCUGUUGAUAGCAAAGGCCGUAACCAGCUGGGCAAGAAAGAACUUCGCAAAGGAGUGGCCUCUUUUUUCUUACAUCCAGGUAAUUCUUAAGAUUAAAAAGCAAACAUUCGAAAUUGGUGAAGCAGCCAUUUGAUGGUAUUAUCUAUCACCAUUCUAUCCAUCACUGUUGAUUGGUGAAGAAGGAAAGGAGCUCUGAUUGAGUUAAGAAGGGCAAUGCAUGCUGUGAUCAUUUUACAGGGGCAACAAACACUAAAAGGAAUGUCAUAUAUUAAGUGACAAUUCAUUGGGGGAUUGUUUAGACAACACAUUCUUGUAUAAAUUUUGUGAUUGCCAGGAGAAGACUUGGAUGGUGGAAUAUUGAAUUCUUAUAUCCUGGAGGCAGAUGAAGCCUUGGUAUUGUCAGCAGUGGAUCAUUUUGAUGAAGAAUAUGCAAAGAGUGAGUGAUUGCUACAAAUGACAUAUAGUUAAAGAUUUAUGCAUGGAUGAUAACUUUUCUUUGAAGCAUCCCUAAACUCUCAAGGGAACUCUGGAGAGUUAAAGAAAAAAGACAGUCCAAAAUCACCCUGGGAAAGGACUAUAGAGAGAACAACUCAGGACCCUAGACCCAGCUGGAAUCAGGCAUUGUGGCUUUAAGAAGAUUUAAAGGAAAGAAGCUAGUCAAUGUCCUGUGCACCACUUGAUGGGAAGAGGACUGAUGACAAUGAUAAUGAUGAUGAUGAUGAUAACCCUUUUCAAAUCAUGAUGAUGAUAACCCCUUUCAAACCAUCUGGAAGUUGUUCAUCGUAUGUUUUCUAAAAAUCCCCAUAUAAUGACUGUACUGUGUUGAUUUGUGAUAUUUAUCCUUUCAGAGAAGUAUCAUCGUUCUCCAGGGGACCGCUGGAUGAUAUUUGGUCCAGUUGAAUACAUUCCACCAAUAGAAGUUGCUGUUAAAGCAAGAAGGUCUGGAGAGCUGUUUUUAAUAAGUGUUGAUGGCAUUUUUUUCUUGAGUUGGGAUGGUUUGAGACGUGACAUUGGGAUGGUUUGAGACUUGACAUUGGGAUGGUUUAGGACAUGGUAGUUUGCUGGUUUGCAAGUUGGACUGUUGGGCUACCCAAACAGUCCAUUUGGUUGUGAUGGUUAGAUCAUCUGUUGUCCAUGAUACUGACUGCCUUUUCAAAAGUCUGAGUAGAAGUUCUAGCAUCAGCUUCACUUUACCUGAUUACAUCCACUCAGUUUGUCAAAAUGUCACUUGCCCCUGUUUCCAACAACUUUUCAUAUCAUGACUACUUUCACAGGAUAAUCAGACCACAUGAUCAACUGUUACUGGUUCAAACCACGUAUAUUGAUUUGUGACUAUUGUAAAUGAAUUAUAUGGGCAAUCAGGAAAAAAGUAGUAGAGAACAGACCACUACCAGUACCUGUGAUAGUUUAUGAUCUUAAGUAAGCAGAGAAGCAGUGAUCACAAAAUACUUUUAUUGUUAUCUUUCCAAGAUGUUUAAUUAACAUUCUGACUUAAUCUGUAUUAUUUAUUUCAAUAGGAAGGCUGUCCCUCUUUGUGAAAAUGAAGGGAUUUAUGUUAGGGACACACAGAGUGGUGCAGUGAGUAGUUACCUUUGGUUUAAUUAAUUAUUGAUAAUUAUCAAGUUCUCACAGUGUUCAUCUUUGUUAUUUUGUCUCAGGUACGUGCUGUCAUGGGACCACAAGCAUAUCUACUGGGGGCCUAUGAGGAAUUAUGGGAAAAGGACCUCACUGAUGAUGUGGAAAAUAUUCUUAAGUUUGUCUUCCGUAGUAUUGGUUUUCUAUAUUCUUUUGUUGCUGUGAAAAUGCAUUUGUCUUGGUUAGUUUGCCUUCUUUAAUUUUCUAUGUGUCUAUCAGAUGAACUUGCAAACUGAUUGUGUUUGAAAUGUUAAAGGGUAUUUGUACAGUAACAUUUUAGAAACUGACAUUUUCAUUCAUCUAAUGUACAGGAAUGGUGGAGGCAUUGGCUCUGGUGACAUUCGGAAAAUGGCAUACUUUGAAUCUUCUAUUAAUCCCUCAUUCACAAGAGCUGAGGUGUGUGCCAAGUUAUUUGCUUGAAACCGAUUAAAGCAAAGACCAAGGGAAACAUUUUUUUACUUUCGGAAAUAAUUGAAUUGUAAAAAAAAAAGGAAUGAAAAUUAAUGAUGGAAUAAAAAAGCUAUUGAUAUUAUAUAUUUUAACUGUAAUAUGUAUGUUCUCCAUUCAGGGAAGAGAUAAGACUCAAGUUAUUGUUUACCGUUGCCCAGGAUAUACUGCUGUUCAGGUAAAUCUCCUUUUGGUAUCCAUGAAAACAUAUUUACAACAUUUCAUAAGCCCUUAAAUUUCCUUAUACAUGAAGAGAAAUGCAAUGAGAGCAAUAUUUUUAAUGUGCUUUUCUCAGGUGUAUGACUAUUUAAGGAAAACUGCAAGAGUCAUCUUUGGACCAGACCUGGUAUGUAGAAAAGUGAAUGAUUUUCAUUAUAAUUUAUCAUUACAUUAUGACUAAGAUGAUAUGGAAAAUGACUGAUAGGAGGCCCCAACCACUUUGAUUCAUCAGCAGUCUAAUUACUAGCAAUCACUCACUUGUUUAUCCAGCACCUUUCUGGCUGGUAACAUGGAAUUUAACCCUCUGACCCCGAAGAGUGAUCAGCAUCUAGUUUCUCCUUACAAUAUCAUCUAGGAACCAAACAGUCUCUGUGGCUCAGUGGUUAGAGCAUCAGAGUGCAGAAUCCAAAGGUCUGAGGUUCGAUUCCUCAUGGGGACUCAGAAUUUUUUCUUUGUCCCACGCUCAUGACAAGACAAAAAAACCAUCUUUCUCCACACAUUAAGGUCAUGAGAAUAAAUGAGAUCACCAACUAAAACAAAUUCUCCUUGCCAGCACCUCAGAAAAUGUAGACAGAACAGAAAAGAAAAUAUGCAUACUGAUUUUCGGGUGGAAAGGGUUAUUGAAAGCCUCUUGUUCAUUUUUGUGCUUUUUGUAUUUCAGGUUGUACUUGGACCACAUGAGAACUUCAAUGUGCUUAGCUUGAGUGGUGAGUGAACUUUCUAUUCCUUUUCUUUCACUUCAAAAACCUCUGCCACAACAAAACACAUAGUCUUUCUGUGUAUUACACAAAAUAAUUUUCCUUCAUGAGUAAUCUUAUCAACCUUUUGACUUAAAUUACCAGCUGGGAAACCUAAGAAGCCAAACGCCUUGAAAACCAUCUGUCUGAUGCUGGGAACGGAUUUUAUAACAGAUAUUAUAGAGGUAGGCAGUUAGUGUCUGUGUAUCAUUUGGUCAGCUACGUUUUCCCGCGCUUCAGGUAAUGUGCCUUUUUCCACUUUCUCAUUGGCUACUGAUAAUGUAAAUCUUUUUUCUGAUUGGUCGUCGGGAUUACUUUGGGUUUGGUUCUUCGUCACUCAAUUGAAAAAUGCUCUAUUUCACUUCAUUUCCACUUGUUAAUACUCAUUUAUUUUUAUUGCAGGUGGAAACAUCUGACCAUGCUAGGCUUAAGAUCAGAAUUGCAAUGAACAACUUCUUUGAGGUAAUUUGGUUUUUUAAUUCUCUUAAGACGUUCAGUUACUUGUGAGCCAAUCAUCUUUCAGAAUCUGGGAGAAGGUUAACUUGGUUUGGUGUACUUUCAGGUCGAGAGAGGGAAUAAUGAAUCAGAACAGGCAAUUUUUUCUGUCCCAGAUUAUAUUGGAAAUGCUUGCAAGAGUGUUGGUAAGAUACAGUAUUACUCUGAUUCAAAAAGAUAAACCUAGCAUUUCUUUAAAGGGCUUUUCCAAUUGGUUAAGAACUAAAACUCUUCUAUAGAUAAGUCUCCCGCUCUUUCCCCACCCCCUCCGCCCACCAUUUAUUAAGCAUAAAAAUGGAAGGUAUGUGUGUUAAAAGAAACUUGCGUUCUUUCUCCAUAUUUAGCCAGUAGAAUUCGCGGAAAAGUAGCACAAGUAGCGUUUGAUGAAUUUCAUCGCCAUUCCACAUCUCUCAUUAAGAAGGCCGUGUUCGGAGUCGAGAAAGAUGGAACAAUCAAACAACGCCUUCGAUUUGACGCUAAUCAACUGGUAAGGGAAUGAAAAGCUUUCUUUGUCGUCAGUUGAAGUCGAUUUCUUCUAAAAUAAUCUUAUCGGGACUUUUUGAAUCCUUUUAAGUUGUAUCAAGACAUAUGAACGCUUUUGGCACAGAAUUCCUUGUAAAAUUGCUUGAAAAGAAGACAUUUGACCUAAAAAAGGCAAAGUCUAGUUCUAGCUUGUUUUAAUACAUGAGGUCAAGUUACGAAUGGAAAAGUAGGAGUUGUUUUCCUUUUUUUUAAAUCACCAGGUGGUAACUAAUGUUGACAUCCAAAGCAUCGAGCCUGUGGAUUUGCAAAUGAGUGAAAGCCUCAGUAAAUCUGUUCAAAUGGCCAUUGAGAUUUCUACAAAGUAAGUUCAGCAACCUUCCUUUCCAAGAAGCAACUUUCUACGUCAACACCCUAUGACUGACUAGCAUCUAAUUUCUCCUUACAAUAAUAUCCCUUAAUCAAUCAUUAAGGUCACGUGAAAAAAGAAAUGAUUACCGACUAAUGGAGCUCUUGAUUGUUAAAAAAAUUCUCCUUGUCCACACUAAGGAAAUGUAUAGAGAACAGUAUAGAGAAUAUACAUAAGGAUGUAAACAUGUAAAGGGUUAAAAGACGCUGACUGUAAGUGGGCGCUAGGUGAGCAACGAGCCGGUGAAGUGUAUCCUAGUAUCGCUAGCAGUGGAUGCGAUGGUUGUAUAGUUGGUAGUGUAAGGAGAAAAUGAAACUGAUCAUAGUAGAGUUUACAUAUCAGGUCCAUUGAGCGAGCUGCUGAACAUGAAGCUAAAAGAACAGAACAAAUGGCGAAAGGAUUGUUAGAAAGACAGAAGCUUACUAACGAGAAGGUUCGUGCAGUGAAGGAGCUUACAACAGAGUAAAGGACCAGUUUAUUAUAAACUUGUGUUACGCGAAUCAGUGAUGGUAAAGGGUUUAGAAGCUGUUUUAUCCUCAUCCAGUAUUGUGGCCCGGGUUCCACUCCCGAUUCUCAAGACUAGAUUAUGUUGAGUUUAGGCGCUUAAUCCACAAUUUCUCUUGAUUCCAUAGUCUUCUCCUGUGCACAAAUAUUAUGGUGAUGUAGAAAAAUUCCAUCUCUCUGGAUAUUUCUCUCAGGGCCAAAGUCAAAUUUAUGUUUUUAAACUUGCCAUAGCACCGCUUAUGUUUUUAUUACGUGUUUUUGUCAAUAGCCGUUCGCUCUGAUGAAGGGCUAACGCUCGAGACGUCAGCUUUGAAACUCUUUGCGCUGGCCAAUUUACGUUAUCAACUCAGUUGAUAAUACUAAAUUACCCUAUUUUUCCUUUUACCAAGUUAUUAGGAGAAGGGAAAUGGAGUGUGGAGGGAGUUGCUUCCCUUUAAAACCUUUAUUGGGUCGGAGUGGAUGAAUUUACAAAUGCAUUUAUAACUUGACGAAUAGAUUUAUUACUUUAUUACACCCAUUUUGAAAUCACUGGUGGUCCCUGUAAUCUGAUUGGCUCUAAUCGGUGCGAUUUAUUCACGAAUCACAUCAUUAUUUGCUUUAAAUCACAUCUUUUUCCCAGCUAAUGAGAAGGCUACACUAAAAACAAAACAGCCAAUCAGAUUUCAAGGCUUUUUUCAAGUAACCUAUCAAAUUUCAAGAAAAUAAAAGACAAAUAGUAUCAUGUGGCAAAUUUUGCAACGUUUGUUUCUAAAACUCUUAUCCCCCCAUAAAAUGGAUGAAUUUAAUUUCAAAUCGGCUCAGUACUGCAUCAAUAAAAUAAUUGAACUGACCAAGCCUGUAUUUGGGCGAUUUCAAAGUGGAUGUAAUAAAGUGAUAAUUGAACCUCGUGUCGUGCAAUUUUGGUCUGAAAUCAUACUUGUGAUUUCAAAUCACGCGUAUGAUUUCAGCCCAAAUUGUACUCCACUCAGUUCAAUUACCAUUAUUAAUUAUACUCAUUUUUCAUUGUGAAAAUAGAGAUUGUAAUUAAAAACGUGUCUUUCUCAUUAGGAAGCUGAAAAUGCGCGAGUGAAGUUAUUUGAACUGAGAGCGAUUACUGCCGCAGUAGAAUCUUCAGGACAAACUAAAUCUGAGGCACAGGUCAGCCAACUUCAUAUAUACCCACCCUUUGCAUAAAUAUUGCUAAUCUUCUAAUUUGUGGGACUUUUCAGAAUUCUUCAUAUGACGCUUCUUUCGAUAAUGUACAAGUUCGUGUUUGUUUGUUUCAUUUCAACAACCUCUUCGAGAUUUAAAUCAACGUUACUCUAGUAACAAAAUGUUCUUAUUAUUCCAAAAGGCUCAGGCAGAACGUUUGCUUAUUGAAGGGGAGAGUGCAAUAGAAGGUAUAGACGAGUUUGGUCGUGGAAGUUGUGCUUUACUUACGAUUAGUAUACGGGGGCACUAUGGUCUACAGGCAAUCAGAUGAGAUUAUUUUGUACCACUUGCGUCAUUUCCGCGCAGCGUAACAGUAUUAAUCCUUGCUUGACACUUAGGCAUGACAAAGAGAUUGAGUUAUUUCAAAUCACCAUCUUUGAGGCCAAUCCGGCCAUAUGAAUGGUUUAUUUGUACCAUGUGGUACAAAAUACUCCUCUCUGAUUGGCUGUGUAUCAUAGUACCCCUGUAUACCACUCAUACAUAAUAGAAAGUGCAGAUAUGUUUGAUUCUAACUUAGCUUUUCCCGUGUGUUUAGUCGCUAAACUCAAAGCAGAAGCUGCUGAAGUUGAGCUACUUGCUGAGUUAGAAUCUCAAAGAAUGGUGAGUUGGAGGAUAAUUGAUCAGAUGCAACUGUAGCGGAAUGCGUGUAUAUCUUAUCAUUUCUCAUUCCUUAUUUAAGGAGAAAGAUGGGGAACUCGAACACCAGAAGCGACUUAAUGAACUCGAUCUACAGAAGGCCAAAGAACUGGCAGAAAUCGAGGUUUGUAGCAUUGUGUUCUGGCAUCAAUUUCAAAGUGGUCAUGACUCAUAUCAAGAGAAUAUUUAUAUCCUCGUGCUUAUUUUCAAACUCGAUCGUUAUCGUAGACUGACAAGUUUGCCGCCAUGGUGGAAGCCUUGAGUGCAAAGACGAUCCGUAAGAUUGCGCGCUCUGGUCCUGAGUCAGAGGUGAGGUUUAAACUUUACACUGUUACACUAGGAGCGUUUUAAUAACAGCGGAGGACGGAUGGAGAUGAUUUUGAAGAUGUAAUUAUUUGGUUGCUAACCAAUAUCUUAAUCUUCGAUGUUAUAUGCGGGCUUGUGUUCUUUUUAUCUAAAUUUUAAUAUCUUUAUUCGUACUUUUUCCGCGCUUUUCUUCGUUUAUGACUUGGCGUGCUUUUCCCGCGCUUUUUACGGAUCACAUGUUUUGGUUUGAUUUGCUCCCGGUUACUUCUGUUACCGCGUGUGUUGUGACGAUCACUUAAAAAAAAUUGAAAGUAUUCCACCACGAGUAAAAAUUGAUAAAAUCUACCAACUUCUCUUAAGCGUGGUAAACAUUGCAACGCAACGCGGUAAACGGAAAGAUAUGACCCGAACUAAAUAGAUAUGUAUUCUUUUAUACUCUGCCGUUUUAUCGACAGGCCGGGCUCCUCAAGGGACUGGGAAUACAGAAUGUCCUCAUUACUGAUGGAAAAACGCCUCUCAACCUGUACCAGUCCCCAAGCGGCUUUUCCCAGCCGGCAAUGAUGAGCUAGAGACCGAUAACGAGAGCUCAGGAGUACAGUACAGUACUCAGUAAUUUUAAGGUGAACUUUCUUCGUCAAUAUGAUAACAGACUGGUUUUUAAACUGUAAGUUGUCUGUGCACUCGCACUUAAAAACACUAAUGGAACCAAAAAAUAAAGGACUUAGAUUUGAAAAAGAAAAAAUAUAAAGAUUUAGAAUCUUUGGUUUAAAGCAUUGAUUCAGCACACUAACGAAUGGAAAGUUCCUUUUAAAGAUGGACAAUUCAAAUGGCAAUAAAUAGUGGUGGGAAAAGAUCUGUGUAUACCUGACGUGUGUAUCACAUUUUACACAGACAAGAGUUGUCGUCGGAAAGAAUUAAUGACAUGAAUAAUUUAAUAAAUAAGAUUGUUGAUGGUUUGUCUUGUCAUUUGCUGAUUUUUCUAUCGCCACCUAAACUGCAGCACGUUUAUUACUGUAUUUAAUUUUUGUCGGCUUUUAUGAACACUUUCCUUAUCUGAAUCUGAGAGACGUGAAUUUGACAUUUCAG